AUGGACGCAGAGGAACAGGAGAACCUUGAAAAAUACCAGCAAAGGAGUGAAAAAAAUAAAGAGAUGAAGGAAAAAGACCCUCUGACCCCACCCAGUGCACGAAAGGUAAAGAAGCCCUCUGAUAAACAAAAGCGAGCCACGCAGAUCCAGGCCUGGUGGCGGGGCACCCUGGUGCGCCGGACGCUGCUGCACGCCGCGCUCUGCGCCUCCAUCAUCCAGCGCUGGUGGAGGCAGGUGCAGGCGCAGCUGCUGGAGGCGCGGCGGCGGGCGGCGCUGGAGGCCUACACUCGGCAGAAGUGGGCGGCGGUCAGGCUGCAGUCCUGGUUCCGCAUGUGGCGCGUCCGCCUCCGUUACCUCCGCCUGCUGCAGGCCACCCGCAUCAUCCAGCUGUACUGGCGCUACCACAACUGCCACACCACCGGCUUCUUCCAGGGCAGGUACGAACUCACAGCAAACCAGCUGGAACUUGAACUUGAGAUCUUUCUGGGGUCACAGAUUUGUCGGAUUACGGAAUGCAUCCCCUUCCCAAUAAAGCACUGACCAGGUC